AUGACGAUGUAUCGUUUGCUUCGUAGCCUUGAGCCGCUCAUUCGUCAGGAAGGUGGUCAGAAGGACAUGGCAGCUCAGGAAAUAGCUGAACUUGAAGAGAGAAUGAAGGUAAGCUGGCUUCUGAUAGGCCUUGAGUGUCAUUGA